CUUGUCUCUUCUUCUACAAAUAUACUGACAAUACAAGAUGUUGUGCUUGAUUCGCCUGUUUGGAGGGCUAAUGUGUUACAUUUACAAGAUCAGAUUGAUAUAUUUGAGAAAUGGAUAGAUGGGUUUAUCAAAGCAUUAAAGAGUUACAUUGAAACCAUGAUAAGU